AGGGAAAAAAUUCCAAAAUUUGUGACACUCAUUAUGAUUUGUGGGGAUCAUUGGGAUGUGAUCUGCAAGAGUUACCGGGAUAUGAUUUGCAAGAAUUACCAGGAUAUGAUUUGCAAGAGUUGCCGGGAUAUGAUUUGCAAGAAUUACCACGAUAUAAAAUGAAAUGCGUAUUGAGUGGUAUUGAGGAUUAA